AUGUCUGGUAAUUCUAGAAAUUCCAGAGGGCGCCAAAACAAUCAAAACAUUUCACUGAAUAAUAAUAAUAGGAAUCCUCGUAGAAAACCAUCUGUGCAACCUAGCGCUGAAGAAAUUAAACAAAUUCAAAAUGACCAACGCCAGAGUAUAUCUGAGAAUUUUUCAUCAUCAGAAUUAACAUAUGGAGGAAGCGAUAAAAUAAUACAAAUUCCUCUCGGAAUUGAAUUUGAUAGAAUGUGGAAAAGAAUGAUAAAAAAGGAACUGAAAAAUCAACAUAUGAUGAGACGUUUUAUAUGUUCAUGCCUUGUAACUGCAGAUAAAGAAGUAGGAGACGAAGUCGAAGGAUUAGUUGCUGAUUUGGGAUCUCCAGAAGGAAUGUCCCGAAUCAGAGAGAUUGUAAUGUUUGAAAUGUCUGUUGAUGCAGGAUUAAGAUCAGGUGUCGCGUCAUUUCAACGUGUAAUUUUGCCUUUCUUGGCUCUAUUAACACGCAAGGCAAUUUCAAAUUGUACCCUUGAGCGAUUCGGUCAAUUUUUUUUAGUUAUUGUGCGUUUAGUAAAUGAACUUUUGAAACGAUUUAAAAAUGCAUCAAUAGAAGAAACAAUGAUCAAUAUUGGUGAAAAGCUUGAAAGAUUAAAAAAUGAAUGGAAAGAUUCAUUUGAUAAUCCCACUGCAGAAUUACCUUCUGAUCCACUUGCAACAAAUGAUAUUCAAAAACAAUACUUUUUCUUAGUUUUGGAUAAAGAAUUCGAUCGCAUGAAUGGCAUGUUACAUAAAAAAAAAAUAGUUAGAAAUGUUAAUCAUUCGAGAGAAGCGACAUCUGAGAAAAGAUAUUAUGAUAAAAUUGCGCGCGAUAUAGAUCUAGUAAGAAUUUAUGAUCCUCCAGGUGAACUUUCGGAAAACGGGCCACGUCACAAUAAUGAUUUUUCGGAAAUAUCUAAGAUUUCCAUUAUCCCUACUACGGAUGAAAUUCUAUGCAAACGGGAACCCUAUUUGCCCAAUAUAAGUGGAAAUGAUAAGUUGCAUCAUCUUCCUAGAGGUGCUGCUCGUUUAUUAGAUAGACAAUUUCGAUUGCUACGAGAAGACAUGUUGAACGCUUUCCGAACAAUUAUUGCGGAUAAAAAUAAUGGUUUUUAUUUUCGCGUUGCAUUUACUCCACCAUCCACGAGAAUGUCCACUAAAUCUGUAACAGAUCGCAAAAUGUAUUGGCAAAAAGCAAAAAAACUUGGAUAUGGGAAUUUAGUUUGUCUUCUUUGGCCAAAUGAAGAUAUUCAUAACUACGUGGGAAAUUCAAAUUCGGCUAUUUCAUCAAAAUAUUCGAUAUAUUUUGGCACUAUUGCACAUAGAGAUGAAAAUAUUUUGGCAAAAAAUCAAGAAUUUGCUGAAAUUGGUAUCAACUUUAUUGACGCUUCAUUAUAUACGACUGCCAUGAAAGAUAUUUCAUUUAGACAUAAAAAUAAAAACAAAAGAGAUAUUGGCUAUAGGUUUUUGGUUGAGUCAACGGAUCUUCUUUUUGAAAGUUUUAAAAUUAUAUUGAAAACAUUGCAAGAAACUGAACCUUCAGAUGUUCCCUUCGAAAAAUAUCUUGCUCCACAAUUUGAAUAUAUAUCAAAUGAACCAGCUUUUGUGGAGCCACCUAUAUAUGCAAGAGCACCAGGUUUUAGAUUUAAUCUUUCUACUUUACUUUAUUCGCAUGCAAGAAAUCAAGACGUUUAUUUAAAUGUUAAUGACCGACGGUCCCAUAAUAACGUUAUAAGAAGUCUUGUAAGUCAUAGUACGCUUGAUGCGACGCAAGCUAAAGCGCUUGUAUCAUCUUUAUGCCGUGAAAUUGCAUUGAUUGAAGGACCACCAGGAACAGGAAAAUCAUAUAUUGGCGUCGGAAUAAUGCGAGCAUUGUUAGCUCCUGAAAACCGCCGAGCGACAAGCAUUGGACCCAUUCUGACAAUAUGUUAUACUAACCAUGCGUUAGACAACUUUCUUAAAGAUCUCUUAGAUGUUGGUAUAGAUAAUAUUGUACGAAUAGGUUCGAAUUCUAGAUCUGAAACUUUUCGCCAAUUUAAUCUUGAAGUAAUAUGUCGAAAUCGACAACGUCAAAAUAAGUGGUUAAUAGGAAAGGCCUAUCAUGAUCUUGAUGGAAUUAUAAAUAGUGCAUUAACUUUUAAUAAACAAUUAACGAAUAGAUCCUUAGAUUUGGAACAGUCCAGUGUGGCCUUGUAUUUUGAUUUAAAUUAUCCUGAUCACCAUCGUAAUUUAAAGCACCCUGAAAUUCCAGAUUUCCUGUUGGAUAAUGUUAAUAAUGGUGACGAAUGGAAAACGGCUAACGGAAAAAACAAAACAAAAACAACUUCAAUAAUUGAGCAAUGGUUGAAUGGAGACGAUUUGACAGCGGCAAGAAAAUUGAAGGAAUCCCUUAUGAAUCCAAGUAAAAAAUCGAAGAAGGAAGGAAAAAAGGAAGAAAAGGCAGAGACAAAUAGAUUUAUGGUGCUCGAUGAUGAUGCGACAAAUGAAUUUAUGCCGCUCGAUAAUUUAUUUACAGAAGAUCCAAACACAUUUCUUAAGAAUUGGAUUCGAACUUGGCAAAUGCCAAACACAAAGAGGAGUUUAGAAGAAUUAAAGUUCGAUUGUAAUGUAUGGAGAAUGUCCAAAGAAGAACGUAUAAAGUUACAUGAUUUUUGGAGGGAAGAAAUUAAUUCUGAAACUAUCGAGGAACUUUCGGAUAUUCAGGAAAGAUAUGUAAAAAAGAAAAAAGAAAUUGAAGAUGUUUAUAAUGAAGGUCGACGUCAAGUUCUGCUUAAAAGUGAUGUCAUCGGAAUGACGACUACAGGCGCAGCUAAAUAUCAUGAACUUAUAAAAUCAAUUGAGCCGAAAAUCAUUAUUUGUGAAGAAGCAGGAAAAAAUUAUGGAUUGAAUAUUAGUUUAUUUGAACGUCUUGUACAUGGAAACCAGUCAAUGCGUUUAGAAAGAACUCAACUUUUAACCCAAAGACGUAUGAGAAAUGAGAUUUCUGAUUUAAUUAGAAAAACACUUGACUUUUAUUCGGAAUUGGAAGAUCAUCCAUGUACGAAUUACCCUAAUGUCAAAGGGAUGCAACAUAAUGUAUUUUUUAUGCAUCAUUCUAAUCCUGAGGAUUCGGUAAAAAAUGAAUUCGCUGUUCAAUCACAUUCAAAUAAAUUCGAAGUUGAAAUGGUAGUAGAAAUGGUUAAG